GCAACGGCGACGCGUUGGCAAUGGAGGCGGCCGCGCUGCCCGCCGCGCUGCAGCUGGCGGCCAGCGGGGACACGGGGCUGAGCCUGGAGAAUCGGGCGGCGCUGCAGGCCUCGCUGCUGCUCCUGCAGCGCGACUACCGCUUCGAGAGGGUCUGGUUCUGGGGCUGCAUCCAGGGCGUGCGCGGCACCUACUACAUCGCGCAGGGGCUGGGCCCCGACCUCGCUGCGCCUCGCAGCCGCCUCUACAGCUUGAACUGUGCGGAGUGGAGCCUCCUGCCGCCGGCGACCGAGGAGAUGGUGGAACAGGCCGAGCUGCUGAAGGGCCGCUUCCAGGGGGAUCCGUCUUUUGAGUACGAGUACGCCGAGGUAAACGCAGAAGAUGACGAAAAUUUCCUGGAUGAGGGUAAGGAGCUCACAAUCAAGGAGGAGAAUCGCCUUGUAGCUACGAUAGAACAGAUAGACAGAGCAGUUGGUAUCAUCCCCCGACGUGCACUUACGAAGACUCCUCUUGGGUCUGUGCAUGAAAACAGAAGCUUUGAAGGUCUUUCCUUGACGGAGGCAAAAAAAUUAAGUUCCUAUUUCCAUUUUACUGAGCCUGUUCACUUGAAGAAUAAAACUCUUCUGGAAAAGGCUGACUUGGACCCAUCCACUGACUUUCUGGACUCUCUGGAAUAUGAUGUCCCACAAGGCUCCUGGACUGUCCAGCUUGAGAAGGGAUGCACUGUGGUGGUGUUGAGAAGUCUGCUGUGGCUUGGACUGACAUUCUACCAUGUCCCAAAGACCAAGCAAUAUGGCUACAUCUACUGUGGCACUGGUGAGAAGAACUUAGAUCUGCCUUUCAUGCUGUGAAACACUUCUCUGGGAUGAUCACUCAAAAAUAUUUAGAAUUUAUAUUUGGGAGAUUUAUAGCUUAUUCUAAUAAACGCGUGAAACCUCUGCACUGUGAGCUGGAUUGUUUUGUGCCUUGAUUUCUUCCUAGGACUUCACAGCAUGAAUCCUCACCUCCUGAUUAAAUACCCUGUAAUAUGUCACGACAGAUCCUUCAGCUAGUAACAAAUGACAUUUUCUUCCAUCAAGGGCAAAGUCUUAGGUCAGAAAUCAAACCUGGGCCAUCUGAUUGUGUACAGAGACAUGAUGCUUUAAACAAAAUCUCAUCUGGAGGAACAUAAAUGAAUGCCUGCUGUCACCAAUGAAUGCCAAACGAAAGCAGAGUUUUUGCCUUGGAGUUAGAGUAAAAAGCUGUUGCUUACUCUAAGGGAUCAUGAAGACAGGAGUGUGUUUUGUUUUUCAGGUGUUAGGCUUCACAAAAAUUAGUGCAGUCUUUCCAGCUUAUUUCACAAAACUUUAGAAAAAAAUUCACUGUAGGCAUCAUCUAGUUGUUUGCAAAACUUUCUCAUUUAGGUUCACCUCAAAGCUAUGGCUUUAUCCAGUGACAUUUCUGUUAGCAGAACUCACUGAGCACAGCUACCUGGGCUAGAAAACAUAUCCACUUCCAUUCACAGGAGAAGGAAACAUCUUUUCCUUUCUGAAGGGCUGAAGGUUUCAAAGCUUCGUUAAAACAGAGAUGGCCAGCCCAGAGAUUUUAGAGUGUCGGUUCUUUCCCAAAGCCAAAACAUCUUAGCCAGCUCAAGGGGCUAAAUUCAGGGCUUGCAUUUCACAGAAGCAAAAAACAAACAAAAAACCAUUAUAAACUAAUUUGAUUUCCCAGGUAACAUGGGUUUAUCCCAAUCCUUUGUUCCUGUCCAUACCAGUAAGUAUUAACUGAUAAUUCUGAUGCAAGCAGUACAUAUAAAAGGCUGUGAUUUGUGGCUUUCAGAUAAGUAUCAAAGAAAUGGAACCAAUAAUGACCCUAAUAAUUUAAUAAGCCUUUCAUGUGAGGCCCUUAAUUAGCACUUCUUAAGAGAAAUGAUCAGUGGAAGUUGCAUACAGAUAUUAUAUAAGGACAGAAAUGGUGCCACCUUUCACUUACAGGGUAGAAAAUUAUGCACAUCUGUCAGCCCAAAACUAUCCUGAGAAGGACCCUCAUCACUGACAUGGAAAAUGUAGAAAAUACAUUUGCAGGGAGAAAAAGCAAGUCCAGUUGUCAAGGAUAUCAACAUUGUGUAUUUGCUUGAUUCAGGAAGGUAGGAAUACUGAACUGGAUGUGUAAGAAAUACACAUGCCUGCCUGCCACUGCCAUGUGUUUUCUGCUGCAAAUUACAGAUAGUACAGAUUAUAAAAAUAUUUCACUUUGGUAGU